AGAGGGGGGGUCUCAGCACCCACGCGGCCACACGCCCACACGCCCUUAUCUGCAGUGGGGGAAUGCACCGUGCGAUUCUUAGAUCUCACCACUACCAUCAGCAUCACAAGCAACCACGACCGACCCAGCACCACCACCACCACAUCAGCCGUGUGCCCGGGGACAGCGCAAAAAGCGGCUCUAAAUCGCGUUCUUUGGGCCGGGGGGCGGGUGGGCAGGAGUAGGAGGAGGAGGUGAGCGGAUUGAAGCUGUUGAAAGAUGUUGGCGCUCAUCAACAGACUGCUGGACUGGUUUAAGGCCCUCUUCUGGAAGGAGGAGAUGGAGCUCACGCUGGUGGGGCUCCAGUAUUCGGGAAAGACGACGUUCGUCAACGUUAUUGCGGUAAAGCUGCCCACUCAGUGCGCGUCUGCGAGGCGAGCCCUCUCCUGGUCCGGCCAGUUCAACGAAGAUAUGAUUCCAACUGUGGGCUUCAACAUGCGGAAAAUAUCAAAAGGCAAUGUAACCAUCAAGAUUUGGGACAUUGGAGGACAGCCCCGGUUCCGGAGCAUGUGGGAGCGGUAUUGCCGUGGAGUAAACGCCAUCGUGUACAUGGUGGAUGCGGCGGACCCUGAUAAAGUGGAAGCUUCAAGGAAUGAGCUUAACAAUCUCCUGGAGAAACCCCAGCUGCAUGGCAUCCCGGUGCUGGUUCUCGGAAACAAGAAGGACCUUCCAAAUGCUCUGGAUGAAAAACAGCUGAUUGAUAAAAUGAAUCUGUGUGCCAUUCAGGAUAGAGAGAUCUGCUGCUACUCCAUUUCCUGCAAAGAGAAGGACAACAUAGAUAUUACCCUCCAGUGGCUCAUUCAACAUUCCAAGUCUCGACGAAACUAGAAAGCUGCCAUUCUGCCAAUAUUUCCUUGUGGUUUUUUUCUUCUCAAUUCUUGCCAAAUGGCAUCAUGUCCUGCCAAAACUCAAACAAAAAUUCCGUUUGUGUCCUUGUGUGAUGUCCCAAGCUGCUGGACGUCCGUCCGUAUUGGACACUUCACGGGGAAUUGCGACAUUUGGUCUGUCGUUGUUGCGUUGAAAGUCAGUGUUUUUUUGCAGCGUUACUGUACACUGUGCUGCUGCAUGAAGAACCACACAGGCCUCCUGAAUUAAGUGUAAUUUUCUGUGUACACUGUGCAUUGACCUGUGCUGUAUUGAUUCAACGUUUAGGUCCUACUCUUGCUGUAGAGAUCCUGGCUGUAUGAUUGCCUUAGGAUAACAAGGUUGGCCCUAUUAUUUUCAGCUUUGCAACAGUCGCGCCCUCACGACUGGCUUUCUUUGCAGCAGCAACAGGCCGCCCCUUGAAGUUUACAAAACAUCUAAAUAAUUUCUUGCUGCAGGUCUUGUUCCAUUUUGCUAAAGUCGCUAUGCAGUGUCCAAAAAUGCCUAUCGCAUUUUACGUUAAAAGACAUUCCAUUGGCAUGCGCAGACUGUUAGGGUGGCGAUGACAAAAUUCGAACGGCAGUACAAAAUGCCGAAUUAUUUUUUGGUGCGUUUUAUAUUGAAAAGUCCUGGGAAAUUGCAUAUGCAGGAGGAUGUAGUCCAUAGUAGUUUACAACUUAAGUGUCGGUGAGCAUAUUAACUUGAAGGUACGCGUUUUUAAAUGUUGAGCGAAUUGCCAGCAAGACGGAAACGUAAGCAAUUAACGGUGUUAGAAAGGUUGAACGGUGGGUUACGAAAAAAAACCUGCUGGGAAGUGUUUGACAACUUGCACGUGUGAAGUCGGUGUUACCUCCUAAAUAUUUCGGUUCUCGUCACAGUUUGUCCGUCCACUAGUUCCGUGGCGAUGGUAUGUCGCAUGCAGCAGGUACGCGUUUCCAUUUUGCUGAUGCUAAGUGACUUUUGGAAUCUCCUUUUCACACCCCCCCCCCCACCUCCAACGUGAACGCCUUCCUCUGUGCACUAUCCCUGCGGCUUAACACGAUUAAAUGCUAUUAAUGGGCAUCUCGCCUUUUCGAAAGCCCUUGGAGCAAGCACACUUGAUGGUGUAAUAGUGUUGUGUGUGUGAACUGCUAAUAAGGAAAGCACAUGGUUGUAAAAAUGUCAGUAUUUUUGAAGGCACACAAUUCGCAUUUAGCUUAUUUUGAUGAGAGCUGAAAUUCGGAAAAGGUAUUUUUUUCUUCAUGUGUUUACUGGUCAGUGAGUAUAUGCUUGCACUUUUUUGAAAUGUGAAAAUGCAAACGUGCAGUGUGUAUACGGAAUAUUGAAACUUCAAACGGUACUUAACUCUACAUGGAAGUCCCGAGUAUGACCAAACUUGUAAUUGCAAUGCUGUCUGAUUAAUGCUGUCGAACAAAUAAUCCACUUUACAAUUGCACCGUUUGUGCGUGCAAUAUGUGCCCUUAAGCAUCUUUUUGCAGAUUUUUUUUAAUAUUGCGUUCGUGCACUAUGGCCUGUACUUGUACGUUUCGUAGCACACCGCAACUAAUUCAGGUUUCCCUCGUUUUUUGCGGUAGUAGAUGCAUUCCAAAAAAGGGGCGCACUAAGCAAAACCGCACGAGACGGCUGCCUGACGAAUUGCUGCACACAGUACACAAGCAACGUCCCACGUCCGACUGCAUAGCCCAGGGGUCGG